AGCAUCGUCCUCAAAGUCGGGAUGGUAGGCGAUUCUCAAAUAGGCAAGACGUCGUUGAUGGUCAAAUACGUUGAGGGGAGCUUUGACGAAGACUAUAUUCAAACGCUAGGAGUGAACUUCAUGGAGAAGGCGAUUACCAUACGGAAUACAGAGAUUACCUUUUCGAUAUGGGACUUGGGCGGUCAACGAGAAUUCGUGUCCAUGCUUCCGCUCGUCUCGAAUGACGCUGUCGCGAUACUGUUCAUGUUUGAUCUGACUCGGAAGUCGACGCUCAACAGCGUCAAGGAGUGGUAUAGACAGGCGAGGGGAUUCAAUAAGACCGCAAUACCCGUCCUCAUAGGCACGAAAUACGACAAGUUCGCUACUCUCCAUCGUGAUGAACAAGAGGAAAUUACAAAGCAGGCGAAACGCUUCUCAAAGGCGAUGCAUGCGCCUAUCAUCUUCUGCUCGACAUCGCAUGGCAUCAACGUUCAGAAAAUAUUCAAGAUUGUCCUCGCGAAAGCUUUCGAUCUGAGAUGUGUGAUACCCGAGAUAGACGAAGUAGGAGAACCAAUACUGCUGUAUGUAGACGUGUAG